UUUUCAAUAGGACGACGAGAGUAAUCUACGCGGAUAGUUCAAAAUGUCUGGCGUCAAUGCACCAUCGGGCGGUGUUAGGCAGCCACAGACCAUCCUAGGUCGCCUAAAGUCGGAUUACGUCAAUACCGCUUUGUACCUAGCUCGUUUGGGAACAAUUUUCUGUUGCAUCAUGUUCUUCUUUGCACCGUUUUUCUCCCGUCUUCAUCCAUCUGAUCUAGAAGUUUGGUAUCGCAGAGCGUUACUGGCAAGUGCGGCUACAUCAGCUUUGCGUUUGCAUCAACGAAUGAAAAGUUUGAACACAAGAUUUUCUCGAGAAGUCUUAGAAGUCUUGAUUGCUGAAGACUCCUCUCAUUAUUUACUUUACUCCAUAAUGUUUGCUAUAUUGCCACCAGUUACAGUAUCAUUAGUACCUGUCUUCCUGUUCGCCUUGUUGCAUGUGGCUAGCUUCACCAACAUUCUCCUUAAUGUAUCUGUAUCGAAAAAUAAUGGUACAACGAGUGAUGGUCCAGAUAUCUCAGUGCGUCCGCCUAGUUCAACUUAUUUCCACCAAACAUUACAAAAGUUGGUCGACAAAGUGAAAGCUAAUGAUCAAAAUAUUUUACGUGUGAUUGCUUUAAACGAAAUCAUGUUGAUGGUAGUGUGCAUAUUUAUGGCUCUAUCAGGACCUAGAAUUUUUGUCCUACCCUUCAUAUACUAUCCAUUCUUAAAGAUGCGUUAUAAUUCAAGACGCAAUCCUUAUACUCGGAAUAUGCAUUUGUUUCAAUAAAAUGUAGUCCACGUGUCUGGAAUCUUGUGAACUUGAUCAAAUAAACCUGUUUCUGGAUGAUAUAAUCUGCAGUCGUCUUCCUUCAAAAAGUGUGAUUACGAUAUUUAAAAGUUGGAUGUUUACAUUUUUAUUGUCCUCAUUUUUAUUUUACUCUCAGUAAUGCAUUUCUGGAAUUGCGUCUCGCCCUCCAAAAUGUAGCCUACCAUUCGAAAUGUCCAGUGUUAAUUUCUCGGAUGAUUUAUGCUCUUAUCAAUAUUGUAUCUCGACUUGGAGCAAGCAGUUAUACACGAAACUAAGAUGAAGUACAUUCAUUCCCAUUGUGUGAUUAUCCCUAUUCAUGAUCAUUCAAAAUAUUGCGUGGAAAGGAUGGUGAUUUGUGACUUGCGUAUGCUGACACUGGCCCCAUCCCAUCAUUUAACUAACUGUGUUUAUGCAAGGUUUUGUUUUCAUUUCAUUCUCUUUGUCAUUCAAGUGUAUUUGAGCGUUCAAGGUACAUUGUGUUUCUUUACGAUUGCUCUUUGUUGACAGUAAUAUGAUUUAGACAGUCGCUAUGUAAUAUGCAAUCCUUCUUUUAGUCUUACAGUAUUAUUCAGUUAUGUUUUAUUGUGGACAUUUGAUUUCAACCAUGAGUAGUUCUUUACUUGCGCACAUAAGAACUUUCUUCAGUAGCGUUGUGCUAUUGUAAUAAUUUGUUAGAAUUGUCAUUGUAGUAUACUACCUUUAUAAUUUCAUGCAUAUCACCUCACCUUUCUUGUUACUGGACUGUGUACUUGUGUGUGUUCCUUAUAAAUGUUCAUUUGUUUUCCAGGUGUUCAUGUUUACCACUGUCAUUAUAUUGAAUAAAAUAUUUUUUUCUAGGUG